AUGGACGUACCUGGCAUCGCACUCAUCACCGGCGGAGCUUCGGGCAUCGGCCGAGCCUGUGCAAAGGCAUUUGCCAGAGAUGGUGCCUCAGGAAUUGCCCUGCUAGACCUGAACACCGAAGCCCUGGCCGCCGUGAAAGCCGAGAUCGAAGAACUCCUCAGACAACAACCUAGCUCAAAGCCGUGCCGAGUUGAAAUAUACCCCACAAACAUCACAGACGAGAACCGGGUAAAUGAAGUUGUACAGGAAGUCGCCACAACCUUCGGCCGACUGGACUACGUCGUCAACGCCGCCGGAAUCGCCAUGAAGCACGCCGGGGGCGCCGCAUUCUGCGAGACGUCCGACUGGGAGCGCAUCCUCAACAUCAACCUGACAGGAACUUUCUUCGUUUUGCGCGCGGCUGCCAAAAUCAUGUUGAAGCAGGAGCCUAUCCGGUCUGCUAUCAAUGGUCGGCCUUUGCAGCGAGGCUCGAUUGUCAACUUCUCGUCUAUUCAGGGGAUUGCUGGAAUUGCUUUGUCCACUGCAUACACGGCGAGCAAGCAUGCUAUUAUUGGACUUACAAGGACUGCUUCGGAGGACUAUGCGAAAGAUGGAUUGCGUAUUAAUGCGAUCUGUCCCGGAUAUACUGAGACUCCUCUCACGACCAAGUCACCUCAGAUCUUGGCGGCUAUGAAGGAGAAGGUCGCUAAUGCCGUGCCUAUGGAGCGUAUGGGUCAGCCAGAGGAGAUUGCCGAUGGAGUUGUGUACUUGGCUGGUGGGAGAAGUUCUUUUGUUACUGGUACUGCUUUGUUCGUGGAUGGUGGAUAUACGCAGCGGUAA